AUGGUGAGGACCCAAGGGGAACGUAUUACGGACCUCGAAGCAGCUGUCGAGGGACUGAGACAGCUAAAUGAUACUGUGCCCGCUCUGAGGGCCAGUAUGGGUGAAAGGAUGGAUGACCUGGACCGAAAGACAACGAUGGCUAGCAACGACAUCGUGCACAUGAGUCGUGAUUUUGAGGGAACACGACUGAUUGUGGAGGAGUUGCGACAAGGAAGGACUGAGGAUGCAGCUACCAUAGCUGUAAUGCAACAAACUAUUGAUCAGUUGACGGGCCAGCUUAAUAUCUUCCAAGUGGCCCUAAAUGGAGUACUCCGAGGAGGAGGAAAUCAGGGUGGGGGCGCUGGGAAUCAUGUGCCUGCGCCCCAGAAAAUCAAGAUACCGGAGCCAAAGGCCUACCACGGUGCUCGAAAUGCCAAGGAAGUUGAAAAUUUCAUUUUUGACGUUGAACAAUACUUUGAGGCCGUGGGGGAGUUAGAGGAACCAAAGAAGGUAGCAACUGCUACCAUGUAUUUGCAAGGUGAUGCUAAGCUUUGGUGGCGGGUGAAGUUUGAGGCCAUCAGGGCCGGGGAAGAAAAUCUAACGACAUGGGAGGAACUAAAGGCGGCUAUCCGCUUGCAAUUCUUUCCAGAAAAUGUCGAGUACAAUGCGCGCAGGAAGCUCAGGGAGCUGCGCCAGACCAAGUCAGUUAGGGAUUAUGUGCGUGAGUAUUCCGCACUCAUGCUGAGUAUUCGGGACAUGAGUGAGAAAGACAAGCUUUUCACGUUCAUGGAAGGACUGAAGCCGUAUGCCCGCGCAGAGCUGCAAAGGCAACGGGUGGAUACAGUGACAAGGGCCAUGCAAGCUGCUGAGUGCCUUGUCGACUAUCAGGUGGAGCCUCGAAAGGACAAGCCACAACAACCUCCUAGGGGAGGGAAUACAAGAGGGGGCCAACACAACAACUAUAACAACAACAACAGGGGUGGCCCUAGUAGAAGUGGGGGAGACCGAGGGUCUAACCAAUCUAGGGCCUCCUCGUCUGGCAGUGUGAGUGUUGCGUCUCCAAACAAAAAUCGUGGGAAAGCGCCCUAUGUUCCAAAGGGCGGAUGUUUUGAGUGCGGUGGACCGCACAUGAGGGUUGAUUGUCCUCAGGUUAGAAAGUUGAAUGCUGCCCAGCAGAGCCAGGCAGAGGAGGAAAUCGAAGAAAUAGAGGAAAUGGAGGAACCCAUGGGUGCCUUCACUCAAUUUCUCAAUGCCAUAUGUCAAGAAGAGGGCGAGUCUAGUGCCAGCCUUCGCAAGAAGAAAGAUCCUACUCCUGCUGCCACAAAGAAGGCCCCAAAAGAGAAACUCCAACGUUAUGUUAGUAAAAGCAAAACUUUGAUGUUCGUUGAUAUGCGAGUGAAUGGUAAGCCCGUUAGGGCCAUGGUGGACACAGGUGCUACCCACAACUAUCUAGCUUCCACUGAGGUGGAGUAUUUUGGGCUUGUGGUGGAGAAAGGCCGGGGUCGCGUCAAAGCAAUCAACUCCCCCGCCAUACCAGUUGGGGGAGCGUCAAAGGGAGUGCCGUUCAAGUUGAGUUCUCUAGAGGGAAAGAUGAAUAUGUCCAUUGUCAUCAUGGACGACUUCAAGCUGAUACUGGGAUUGGAAUUCAUGCGGGAAAAUUAUGUCAUCCCGUUUCCAUUUGCGGAUGCACUGUUGGUGUUGGGAAUAAAUGGGGCCAAGACUUGCCUCAUCCCUGCACUACCAGGAAAGAUGAAGGACGGAAACAUCUCCGCAUUUCAACUGAACAAAGGAGUCAAGAGACAAGAGCACACGUUCUUGGCUACCUUGUGUAUGAAGGAUAUGAAGCGUUCUUCUGGGCCUAUGCCUAUGGUCGUGAAGAAGCUCCUGAAGGAGUUCGAAGACGUGAUGCCACAGGAGCUGCCAAAGCGCUUGCCGCCAAGGAGGAAUGUGGAUCAUGAGAUCGAGCUGGUGCCGGGCGCGAAGCCUCCUGCUCGUGCACCUUACAGAAUGUCACAACCCGAGCUCACCGAGCUUCGGAGGCAAUUGACGGAAAUGUUGGACGCAGGGAUUAUAGUGCCAUCAAAAUCUCCGUAUGGUUCACCAGUGUUGUUCCAGAAGAAGCAUGAUGGUACCUUAAGGCUCUGUGUUGAUUAUCGAGCCCUAAACAAGAUCACGGUGAAGAACAAGUACCCUAUCCCGCUGAUGGCGGACCUAUUUGACAGGUUGGGUGGUGCCACGGUAUUUACAAAAAUUGAUCUUAAGACAGGGUAUUGGCAAGUGAGGAUUGCCGAGGGUGAUGAACAGAAAACGACCUGCAUGACACGAUAUGGGUCGUUUGACUUCUUGGUCAUGCCGUUUGGCUUGACAAAUGCUCCUGCCACGUUUUGCACCUUGAUGAACCAGGUAUUCCGCGAAUAUAUCGACGAAUUUGUGGUGGUCUACCUGGAUGACAUUGUAAUCUAUAGCAAAACAUUGGCGGAACAUCUUGGGCACCUGCGGAAGGUGUUGACUCGGCUAAGGGAGCACGAAUUAUAUGUGAAGCUGUCCAAGUGCUCCUUUGCCCAGAAACAGAUUGACUUCCUUGGUCACGUCAUUGAAGAGGGGCGGAUCAAGAUGGACCAGCAGAAAAUUCGGGCGAUUGCGGACUGGCCGCCGCCCAAGGAUAUUCAUGGCUUGAGGUCAUUCCUUGGUUUGUGCAAUUUCUAUCGCCGGUUCGUGAAAGGUUAUUCGCUCAUUGCUGUGCCGUUGACAGAACUUUUGAAGAAGGUCACGCCGUGGGAUUGGUCUCCCAGGCGUCAGGAGGCCUUUGAUUUGCUGAAAAGGGCUAUGUCUAGCAGCCCAGUCCUGGCCCUUCCUGAUAUGGCCAGGCCUUUUGAAGUACAGACUGAUGCCUCAGACUUCGCCUUGGGUGGGGUGCUGUUGCAAGAUGGGCACCCGGUUGCUUAUGAGAGCCGGAAACUGAAGGAUGCAGAGCGUCGCUAUGCUGCCCAUGAGAAAGAGCUAUUGGCUGUCGUCCAUUGUCUACGCCUUUGGAGGCACUACUUGUUGGGGACCCCGUUCGUUGUGAAAACGGACAACACGGCUGUCAGUCAUUUCAUGACCCAGCCAAAGCUGAACGGGCGACAGGCCAGAUGGCAGGAACUUCUCGCAGAGUUCAACUUUAACUUGGAAUACAAAAGCGGGAAGACUAACCAGGUUGCUGAUGCGCUGAGUCGAAGGGCUGACUUAGCGUCGGUGUGUUUACUCGCCGCCCUUAGGGGAAGCGAAGUUUCCACACCCAUAAAAGAUCUGAUAAGGGAGUGGCUCCCCAAGGACCCUGCUGCUCAACAUUUGAUUAGCCUCACAGAGCAGGGAAAAACUCGCCAGUUUUAUAUGGAAAAUGGGUUUCUCAGAGUCAAAGGGAACCGUCUUUAUGUACCUAAGGGAGGUGACUUGCGGAGGACCCUUCUGAAGGAAUGCCACGAUACUCUUUGGGCAGGCCAUCCGGGAGAGGAAAGGACCAUGGCGCUGCUGCGCCGUGCAUAUUAUUGGCCCCAGAUGGCCGAUGACGUCGCUCAGUAUGUGAGGACUUGCUUAGUAUGUCAGAAAGACAAGUCCGAUCGCUUGACCCAGGCGGGUCUGCUGCAGCCUCUAGCUGUCCCAACAAGGCCUUGGGAAAGUGUCUCGCUAGAUUUCAUCACUGGCUUGCCCAAGGUCGGAGAUCUGACCACCAUUUUGGUUGUGGUGGAUCGGUUUUCCAAAUAUGCUACUUUCAUUGCGGCCCCUAAAUAUGUUUCAGCAGAAGAGACGGCUCGACUCUUCUUUGCCCACAUUGUUAAAUAUUGGGGUCUGCCCAGGGAUAUUGUUAGUGAUCGCGAUUCUCGCUUCACUAGCAACUUUUGGACCCAGCUCUUCAAGUGCAUGGGUUCCAAGUUGAGCCACAGUUCGAGUUUUCAUCCCCAAUCUGACGGCCAGACGGAACGGUUCAAUGGCAUGCUGGAGGACUAUCUUCGGCACUUUGUGACUGGUUCUCAGAGGAAUUGGGUGAAGCUCUUGGAUGCUGCUCAGUUGUGUUUCAACGCCCAAAAGAGCUCGAGUACCAACAAGAGCGCUUUUGAAAUUGUUACUGGGCAGCAACCACUCCUCCCACAUACCGUUGAUGCCCCAAAUGUGUCUAAAUCUCCUAGAGCUGCUAGCUUCUCUAAGGAAUGGAAGCAGAACCUAGAGAUAGUGCGGAGCUACCUUGAGAAGGCCCAGAAGCGGAUGAAGAAACAUGCUGAUCAAAAUCGCCGUUUCGUGGAGUAUCAAGUUGGUGACAAAGUGAUGGUGAAAAUCCCAAAGCGGUACCUAUUUGCGGGGACUAACGACCCUCGCCUGUUGCAAAAAUAUAUUGGACCUUUGUCCAUUGUGAAACGCAUUGGGGAAGUGGCUUACCGUAUUGAUGUCCCAGCUUGGUGGAAGAUCCAUCCAGUUUUCCAUGUUAGCCUAUUGAAACCUUUUCAGGAAGACAAGGAGGAUCCCUCAAGGAGCCAGCUCACAAUACCCGGUAUUCGAGCAAACAACUCAUCUGGCAAAAGAACAGUAGAAGCCAUACUUGAUGAUCGGGUGAUUCAUGCAUCACGGAAAGACCACCAAGAGUUCUUGGUAAAAUGGAGAGGAUGUGAUGCUGAGGAGAACACAUGGGAAAGGGUGAAAGACUUGAAGGCCUUCCAGGAUCUGAUUGAUGAUUAUCUUGCAAAGAAGGCUCCGAGGACGUCGCCAAAUCAGGUGGGGGAGAAUGUCAUGGGUGGAUUUACCGCCAUGCCCAAUGACCCCUUGGUCGCACCCCAUGGCCCCAGUGUCAUGGACGACCCCGUGGUCUCGGUCGCACCAAGCGACAAGAAUGCCUAUUCCAAUGUCGCCCCAUCGUUUGCUCAGGACCGAGCCCACCAGCCGGCAUUGCCCAAAGCGCCCACCAGCAAGCAGCGCCCUCAACGUUCGCCUGCAGUCAGCGCCCAGUGCUCUGGCCCUAACAGUGAAUAUGAUAAACUUUGUACUAACAGAAGCAGUACUAGCCGAAGUCUUGGGAGUAUCAACCGAAGGGCUGAGGGAUAUGACCAGAAGAGCUUCUACCUCCUUCAAAAACGUGAUUGUCACAGAAGGCAGGUCAGUCCAUCCAGGAAAGCUUCUCAAACAGGAUCUCGAGCCCAAUUGUCAACUGUUUUCGAGUUUGUGGACAAAGUGCUCAUACCAAGAAGUGGAAGGGAUGACAGUGUCACUUCAGAACAUAUGAUCCUUGGGCAUUUUAAUGUGCUAACUAGCCCAUCCACCUUGAGAACAAAAAAGAAUGUGAUCUCCAUGGCUACUCUGGAAGAUUGUGCAUGUGCGCCUAAAGGAGCAGGCUCCACUAUCUAUGUUCUUACCAAAGCCUUGAAGGCAACACAUGCAAAAAUCAAGCAGAUGAAAGAUGAGAAUGCUCUUCUGAGGGAUCAGUUAAAGAACAAAGUGGAAGAUCUCAGGAAACAGAUGCCCCAAGAUCAGGGCGCUUAUAUUGAGAAAAUUGACAAUUUUCUUCAAGCCUUGGAUCACCCCUAG